CCAUCGACAACGUUCACCGGCACCGACAACGAGGACCUCGCGAUCAGGAAAUCUGCGGAACAGCACCAUGGGAGAAGAACAACAGCGUAAACUGCCUUUCGGCAUCACCUCUGUUAUGCCAAGUACCAUGCAGACGAUAGCCGAUAGCAAGGUUACAGGGUUCACGAUCGGGGCCCAGAAACGUUCUAAUCCUUUUCAAAAGCACAAGGAAGAAGCCGAGAUGAAACGAAGGAAAGAGUCAGAGGAGGCGGCCAAGGCAUACGCAGAGUUCGUGGCGUCCUUCGAGGUGGAUGAAUCCUCCAAGAAGGAGAAAAAGUUCGUCAAGGGCAAGUCGACCUUUAUCCCAACAACGUCCGUCUUUGGUGAGGACGACGAGGAUGAAGCGAACAAAGAUCUGGAAGCAAAGGCAAAGGCUGCGUACAAGCCAAGUACACUGUCCCAGCCCCCCUCGACUAGUCCAGCAAAGACACCGCUGGCUAUUCCAGGACUCGAACCGGAGCCAACGCCAUACGUUCGUGAUGCGAAAGCGAGGCGGAAAAAGGAGAUGGACGCUUUUCUUGAGGAGCUUAAAAGGAACCAGGCAGAGAGAGAUGAACGCUCAAAUGGCCGGACUAGUCGUCCAGCACAUGACGAUAUCAAGAUGGGAUCGAGAGAUACAGGAGACCCUGCAACCACCAACCUUUACAUUGGAAAUAUCAACCCAACAGUGAAUGAGGAACAAUUGUGCAUGGAGUUUGCGAAAUAUGGCCCCAUCGCCAGUAUCAAGAUCAUGUGGCCAAGGACCACAGAGGAAAUCGAGAGAAACCGCAACUGCGGGUUUGUAAGCUUUAUGGAACGAGCGGAUGCGGCUGUCGCAUUGAAGGAGAUGGAUGGUAUCGAGCUCAUGGGAUAUGCCAUGAAGCUAGGCUGGGGCAAGGCCGUUGCUAUUCCAGCGGUUCCGUUUUAUGUCCAUAAGGAUUAUAAGAUGCCUCCGAAGGCAGCCAAGGUCCCAGUGCGGAAAUCGAUACCUCCGUCAAGCACAGAUAUAAUUGUGACCAAGCCAACGGACCCCAAGACACUGGUGUGUAUUCAUCGAGUGGUCGAAAGGGUCUUGGCUAAUGGCCACGAGUUCGAGCAGGCGCUCAUCGACAAAGAGCCGCACAACCCGGUUUUUGCAUUCCUCGUCGACCAUAAGUCGCUAGAGCACACUUACUAUCGCUGGAAGCUGUUUUCGAUGAUGCAGGGAGACACUGCAGUACGCUGGCGGACAGAGCCCUUCAAGAUGGUGGAGGGUGGACCGAUAUGGGUGCCUCCUUUGAUGACAUUCACGGACGAGGUCUUUGAAGAGGACGAGCGGCUUAUGGAGGCGCAUGAGGAUGAGUUUGAGAAAGGAAGAGUCAAAGGGACACUGAGUCGGGGCGCGAGGAGCUAUUUUGAGGCCCAACUCAGGAUGCUGACCAUUCAACGACGGUCCAUUGGCAGAGCCAUGAUGUUCUGCAUGAAGCAUGCGGACGCGGCCGACGAGAUCGUUGAUGUUAUUGCAAGCUCGAUGGUGUUGCCGGGUACGCCCCAGCCGACUCGCUUGGCUCGACUGUAUCUCAUAUCCGAUAUUCUGCACAACUGCAGUGUGCCAUUGCCGAACGUCUGGAAGUUCCGAUCUGCGUUCGAGGUCAAACUUCCGGCCAUUUUUGAAGCGCUGAAUGCAAUCUACCGCAGCAUCGAGGCACGUCUCAAGGCGGAGCAAUUCAGGAGACAGAUCUCGGGUGUGCUCGCGAUCUGGGAAAACUGGAUCGUGUUUCCUCAGGAAUAUAUCGAUAAUCUGGCGAACGUAUUGGCGCGCAAGGAAGUCAGCAGCCUGCAGCAGGCCGAUUCAUCGACUUUAGACUCAACCGGCACUCUUGCGUCCGCAUCAUCGCCUGGAGGGUCGUCAACGGCCAAAUUAGGGUUCCUGAAUACGUUCCAAGCGAUCAGUGCUCCACAGGGAGAUGAUGAUAUUGAUGGCUUGCCCCUAGAGGACGUGGAUAUGGACGGCGUGCCUUUGAAGGAUGAAGAUUUGGAUGGUGUUCCGAUGGAGAAUGAAGACCUGGAUGGUAUGCCGAUGGAGAACGAAGACCUUGAUGGUGUCCCUCUGUAGUAUCACAACCUUGGGAAUAAAAAACUUUGCUGGAUAUUUUGACG